AUGUCCAAAGAAAGGGCACUUGCUAUCAAACAGCUGCAGGAGGAAGCACUACGCAGCCUUCCACCGAACUCCCUCUACAUCGUACUCUAUAUACGAUCAGAUCCACCCGAACCAAACAAUUUCCACUGGGGCUUUUACUCCCACUACAAUGAAACUGGUGGAUGCAAAUACCACAUGAGGAAUUUGGGUGAUGGAUGGAUAGCGGAUCAUGGACCAACUGCUGGUGUCUUUAAAUCAACAUUCCUUUGUGUCCUCAUCCAAAUUGCAAGCAUCCCACCUGAAAAGAGGAGCUUGCUGGAUCAGAUCAUGAGAUCCCACGACGGAAACACCAAUUCCAUUCCUGGAAUGAGCUGCAGAGUCUGGUUGCUAGUCAUUCUACAGAAGUUGAUUCAGCAAGGGUUAGUCCGGUGCAACAGCUGUGAGGCACUGGAGCAGGAAUGCCUGGAGAUUGGGAACCAACAUAGUCCUGGAGCCUCCAAAAAUCAUCAACCACGCCCUGUCGUGAAGUCUAAGUUAUGUGAUUAA